UGUUUCCACCUUUAUUUUUCUCUAUGAGAAAAUGUCAAACUGACAUCUGGCAAAUCAUGCACGCUCGAUUUCAGUGUGGUGCGUUGUGAAUAUUUUGUCGUAUUUAAUUUACAUAUUUGUAGAAAAAUAACUUGCAUCUAUAUAACUCUACUUCUACAAUAACCGAUAUGGCUGACCAGAACCCACAAGCAGGUGACACUGGCCCACCAAAAGGGAUUCCUGCCUUGAAAGCCCAUGUUGUAGCGAACAAAGUGGAUGUAGCACUCUGGGGAAUCCGGUUGCUCACAGUACUCUGCACAAUAGGAUAUAUUUUACCAUUAUUUAACAACCCGGUGUCAGCGUUCUACAAGGCGCUGCUGGGCAAUGCUGCCACGUCAGCGCUGCGGCUGCACCAGCGCAUCCCGGCGCGGGAGAUCUCCCUCUCCCGGGACUUCGUGGUUCGAUUCUUCAUGGAAGACAGCGCUCACUAUCUCCUGUACUCGCUCAUAUUCAUGAACGUUGCGCCCAAUUUGUUGAUUUUGACGCCAAUAUGUUUGUUCGCUCUUCUUCACGCCGCCUCGUAUUCACUCACCAUUCUUGAUACGCUGGGUUCAAACUCGAUGUGGAUGGCGCGGCUGCUGAUCUCCCUGGUGGAGUUCCAGUCGCGGAACAUCCUGCGCGCCGCCGCCCUCGCCGAGAUCGUGCUAUUCCCGCUGGUCGUCAUCAUGGCGUUGACCGGCUACUGCAGCCUUCUGACCCCAUUCGUGUACUACUAUUUCCUGACGUGGCGGUACGUGUCGCGCCGGAACCCGUACACCCGCAACACGUUCCGCGAGCUGCGCGUACUCGCUGAGCGUACGGCCGAGCGGCCCGCCAUGCCCGCGCCUCUCAAGUCUGCCCUGCUCACCGGAGUCAGAUUAGUGUGCAACAUGGCCCCGCCGAUGGAGGAAGUCCGCCAACAAUAACCCUCGAAUGCGAAUUCUACGUGGUGAACAGUCAUCUUUGCAUCACUCUGUGAAGAGCCGAACACAAGACUUAAUCUCACUGCAUACCACUGUCCCAAUUCAACUGUAGAACUACAAUAUAAAAUCAAUAUAAAUUUAUUAAAACAGCAGGUAUUCUUCGCUAGAGAAAAUUUUAUAUAUAUAUUUCUCAAAGUGCGAUUUUUUCAUCCGUCUUACAGUAAAUCAUGACCGAAGUUAAAAUUGGUCUAGAAAUUAUACUGAAUCCUUUGUUUUUUAAUAUAUUAAGGAAAAAUGUGAUAUUUUUCUCACUAAUAAUAGUCCUACGCUACCUCUAUCACAAUCUUAUGACUAACAAUACUAUUUUUAGUAGAAAAUUUGAGUUUAAAAUUCUGACCAGUUCUGUGAAUUUUUGUAGGAUUAGAUAGAAGUGAGUUGAAUGUCACAUUAGCUCAACAAAACAUAAUGAAAAAAAAAUCAACCUCCGAUAACAUGUAAAUACUUUUAACAAAUUUAACAGUCAAUAACAGUCUUGUGUGAAUUUUUUUACAGAUUUGUAUUCAUAAAUUUUUACUUUUCUAACGUUGUUGAUGGAAUGUAGAAAGAGAUUUUGACAGGGCGUUCCGGCUUCAGACUUUAUGUUCAAGUAUAUAACUGGUACAUAUUAAUAUAUACCCUACAUUUUUAUAAUUAUAAAACGAAUCAUAUUUAUAUACACGAAUUUCUUAAAUACACAGUAUUGACUGAACAAAAUUAUUUUUCCCAUCGCUUCCUUGCAGCAGAGAAAUAGCAAAUAUUUUAAAUAAUUCUUCAUAACAAUUGUUUCUCAGUACAAAUGCACGUGUUAGUACUACCAAUGUGCACUAUAGAAUAUAAUUUUGUUGUACACUAUAUUUAUGACUAGCAUUUCUUAUAAUUCUAGCUUUUUAUGGGAUUAACUACGGUAUUAAGUUUAACGUUUAAGAAAGAAUUUCGGUCCAAUUUAAGUUAAGGUUGUUUAUGUUAGAUUUCGUAAGAUGUUUGUAAGGAAUUCAAUAUUAUAAUAUGUAAGAUGACCAGUAAUGUUUUUAACAAAUUAUUUAUCAUGAUAGCUAUUGGUUUUAUGAAGACACUGACUGAAAGAUACGUGGAACUUUUUCGUUUGUCACAAUUUUAUUUUGAGGUAUCAUUCCUUUUAUAUGAAAUGUAGGCCCUUUUGGUUUAAUCACGAUGGUGUAUUUUUAUAUUUGUGAAUCGAGAAGGUUAUUGAUGGAAUGCUGGUGACACUAAUGUAUACAUAAAAAAAUGCACAUGGUUUGGGGUGAUUGUAUGUAGUCAUGUUUUAUAAAUAAAAUGUUGGUAAG